AAAUGUUUAAAGUUACCUACCAUCUUAAUAAUAGUUAGUUUUUAUAAUUAUCACAUCUUCUAAAUCAUGGAUAGUAAAUCAGCUAUAGGUUCUAAUUAUUUGCCAAUGGUUAUUAAAAAAUAUCCUAAACGCAGAAACAGGAAGGUUCAGUACAAUGAAGAAAACAGAAUAAUGAGUAAAAGGGGUCGCAUCAAUGUCUACCUGUACAAAAUUCCUCACAAAUCAAUUCGGUAUGUUCGGGAUUUAUGGAAUACACUAGUAAAUAUGCGAUGGCGCUGGUUGAUGCUCACGGUUUCUAUAAUUAAUGUGAGUGCGUAUUUCUUAUUCGCCGAACUUUUUUUAUUGGACGCUUGGAUCAGUGGAGAUUUUAGCGAGACGCAAUACGUUGACCAUAAAUGCAUCAAUGGAGUUCACAAUUUUACUAGUUUUUUCAUGCUUGGUAUAGAAACUAUAACCACCACAGGAUACGGUUACUUCCAUCCCACAGAAAACUGCACUUUAGUCUGGGUUAUUUUAACGUUCAGCACGCUUGUGACAAUUUUUAUCGAUGGUGCUUUCAUAUCAGUGGUAUAUGUCAAAAUCAGCAGACCAGCAUAUACGAUAAAUAAUAGUUUGUUUAGUAAAAAAGCAGUGAUAUGUCUACGAAACGGAGUUCUUUGCUUAAUUUUUCGUAUUAAUGAUAGUACAGGGAAACAUUGGAUAGGAAGUCAAGUAAACUUGUUCCUAAUAACUCAAAAAACUACUAACAAUGGGGAACUUCUUCCAAAUUAUGUAUCAGAACUGAAGUUACUGCCAUAUGGAGUUUUAUUCUGGCCGACUGAAAUCAUCCAUGAAAUAAAUUCUGAAAGUCCACUAUGGAAUAUCUCAGCACAAGACCUUCUGUUGAACAAAUUUGAGAUAGUGGCAACUCUAAGUGGAAGUUCUGUUCUCACGGGGCAAGCCUCAAAAAGUCAGACGUCUUAUUUGAACAAUGAAAUACUAUGGGGAUAUUGGUUUAGCCCAUGUAUGAGUUCUAACAGCGCUAAAUGUGAAUAUACCGUUAAUAAAAAAAAGUUUGAUAAGACAAUUCUGCUGGACACUCCGCUUUGUAGCGCUCGUGAUUUGAACAAAAUCGAAAAAGAAAUAUUCAAGAAAAGUUUAUCUAUUGAUUGUCUUUAUUUUCUAACUAAUUGUCAAACCAUUGCCUAAGUUGAGAUAAUAAUCAAAUAAAAAACCGUUAAGAAGUUCA